UGGGAAAGUUCCAAGUGAGAAAAAACAGAGGACAGGAAGUCCAGUGGUUUGCAGAUGGCCGGGCCUGAGGAGACUCCGCCAGCCCUUCCUCAGGACGAAGGGGGCCAGGAAGCUGAAGGGAUGCCCAUCCUAUUGCCCACCCUGAAGGGCAGCUGCUUCGACCAUCCCCUGCACCAGAGGCUUCUCCAUGCCACCCGGCGCUGCAGCAGUCCUACCUCAGCUCUAACGCCUAAGGUGUCAAAGAAGCCCAAGGUGCAUGCGGCCAGGGACAUGUUCCCCAUUGACUGGAGCCCGCCACCUGUAGAGUUCCUGAACCUGAGGGUACCACCAGCAGGCAGGGGAACCCCAGGCCCGAGGUGGGUUGAUGCAGUGGGGCCUCACGGCCUGAGGACAUGGGCCCACCAGCUGCCUGACAAGUUAGAGCAGGAGCCCCAGGACUCGGACCCCCAGGGGAAUCUGGCCUCACUGGAGGAGCCAUUCUGGAACAUGGCAGGCCCGAGCCAAAAGGCUGAAGUGAUGGACACCCACACCUUGUUCACCUCUGGGGCCUCAGAGAGCUACAUCAAUAGCUUAGACUACUUACUGCAGGAGAAGCGGGACCAGGCCCUGGAGCAGGAACGAGAGCAGCUGCUUCUACAUGACCGUCCCCAACUCAGCUUCCUGGAUCGGGAUGAAGAUGAAGUGCCUCUCACACCUGAGCACAGGAUGCUGGUGGAGAGGUUCUCCGUGUCGCCUCAGGUCAUCCCGCUGGUGCACCCCGGGGAGACGGUGUUUCUACCCAGGCAUCAGCCCCUGCCCUGCAUCCUGGACCGUUCACAGCUCAAGCCACGGAGCCACCUGGAAGAAUGGUUCCUCAGCUGCCCGCCCGCCCAGCAGCUCUCCUUCCUGCACAUGGGCCUCCUGAGCAACCUCUACUUGCACACCCCCGACUGCCCAGUGGCCCUGCUCCGAUGGCUCUUCCAGCUGUUGACAUGGCCUCCAGAAACUUCUUUGGGAGCCUUCAGUCUCCUAUGGGAUCUCAGCGUGGAUGGGCUCUUCCAACAGUCUGAUGGAGACAAGCGAUGGUGGUGCCCCUCGCUGCAAGAGGUCAUGGAAACAUUCCACAGCUUGGGAGCCUGCAGCCCUGCGCUGGACCCCAGUCAGCCCGGUGAGAGAGUGCUUAAAAACGACAUCAACCUGAGCUGGAGUCAGCCGCAGGACAGCCCCCCAGAGACUGCCUUGGACCUUAGCCUAAGCUACAUCUGUAAGUUCCUGGCGCUGUGUGCCCUAGCCCAGCCAACGGCCUACACCGAUGGGGAGCUCUUGGGCCUGAUUGAGCUCCUGUGCCGAGCUGGCCUAGAUGUGGGGCUCCGCCUGCUACCCAAGACUGAUCUUCAGCAGCUUCUGCUUCUGCUCCUGGAGAACAUCCAUGAGUGGCCCGGGCAGCUCCAGCCGCUGUGCUGUACCCUGAGCAAGGUGUCAGAUCACCACCACAACCUGCUGGCCCUCGUGCAGUUCUUCAUGGAUGUGACCUCUCGGAGCAGGCAGCUUCGAAGCCAGCUCAGCCUCCUGGUCAUUGCCCAGAUGCUGGACCAGCAAGAGACGCUUCCUCUCUGGCAAGAGAAGGCCCAGCUGUUUUUGCUCAGCCAGCUCCUGAGUCUCAUGAGGCCAUCAUCCCUCAGGCAGCAUCUGGGCUCUGUGACCUUGCCACCCGGCCAGGAGCAACAGCCAAAGGCCAGUGCUGAGCUAGACCACAAGGCCUGCUACCUAUGCCACAGCCUGCUGACGCUGGCCGGAGUGGUGGUCAGCUGCCAGGACAUUACUCCAGACCAGUGGGGGGAGCUGCAGCUGCUGUGCAUGCAACUGGACCGUCACAUCAGCACCCAUAUCCGGGAGAGCCCCCAGGCCAUGCACCGGACCAGACUCAAGGACCUGGCAGCCCAGACCUAUAUUCGCUGGCAGGAGCUGCUGGCCCACUGCCAGCCCCAGGCCCAGUACUUCAGCCCCUGGAAAGACUAAAAGAGCAGGGCACAGCUGGUCCCCAGCUCUUGGCUCUGGCUGGAAGUGAAUGGGGAUCAAGCAACAGGAGGAAGCGAAGAACAGAGGCCAGAGGAGGGCCAGUAUGAUGAAGUGAGAGCCUGCUUCCACACUGCCCCUGACCCCCACCGGGCAAUGGAUAGGUCUCCCUGCCUGGCCCACCCCUCAGCCCUCCUUCCCUCCCAGCUGUCUCCUCUGCCCCAAGGAUUUUGUCUCCACUCUCCGGUUUCCCAGGGCCUCCUGGGCCCUCCCCACCGUCCUUCCUCCCUCUGUCACUAAUGUGAGCUUUCUUUGUGCAUACUAAAGUCUUAUUUCAGCAUCGGUGGUUUAGAAAAUUUCCUUCAAUCCCUGUCCUGAGGGCUCUUGCCCAGGGUCCAGUU